AUGGCAAAACGGCGUGCGGUGCAGGCAAAGGCACCAACUCAGAAGAGGAAGCUUAACGACGCCUCUACGCUCACCACCAAGGGUGGCGCGAGCGCCGUUUCCGUCGACAACACCACUCAGUAUCCACUCCCUGUGCCCUUCGAAGUCGUCGACGCCUGCGAGAAUAUUAAGCGCUACCAGUCGGCCGUGGAGGAGGGAGGCAUGCGAGCGAGGAAAGGUGUAGACUAUGUCUACCUCCCGCAAGGCGAGGCCAAGCAUGUGCUCUCGCUUCCCCUCACCGACCGCCGCUUCAAGCUUCGCAAGGACGACGUCGAGCUCUACACCAUCACCUAUCCCAGCGGCGAUAUGAUCCGAGCGUGGAGACUGGACGUCGAAGAUGAGAACAACCCAGAAGGAGGUGUUGUCGAACUGUACCGCCUUAUUCCGCACGGCAAGAGGCCACAAACUGCUGUAGGCCGCGAAACAAAACGGGGAAAGAGAACGGUGAUUUACGAGUUAGGUGAGUAUCCCAUUCCGGAGAUGAACGCCAUCACGGAGAAGAUAUGCGACAACAAGAGCGAUGCAGUCAAGCUCGGCGAGAUUACCUGCGACGUCAUGAACCGCUUCCCGUACUCCUUGAAGCUUGAGAACUGGAAGGCAAAGGACCCCAACCACCACAAUUUCCGGGCCCUCCUUACUGACGUCCGGCGCUUUGUGGACUGCACUUCCCUUGUUGCAUGGAAGGCAGAUCUCAACCGGGACAACCUGCCCAAGGAGUUCUACGUGUCAGACAAGAACUACAGCGGGAACAAGCCUUACGGCGCUCCGAUGAGGCCCAUGGUUGAUACCACCGCUGACUGGAAGGUAUUCAAAUGCAAUGCCUUGUUUACGUACGUUCAUGAAGAUGAGCGCACACGUUUCCUUCCAAGCGCAAAAGUUUCCGCGAUCGACAUGGCAACAGUAAGCGACGACACCCCGCCUCCCCCUGGCUUCACCCCCAAAGGCACGACAGACGACGAGAAAUCCCAAGAUCCGAGAGUGCGCGCUGCCAUUCAUGUGGUUCAAGCUGCCGUACAUCGUACGAGCGGCUAUGUCGGGACGGUAGCCCAGAUCAAGAGACGACUGGCGGGCUUCAUUGAAGAACACUACAAGUCGUUGACCGACGACGGCACGAGGAAAGCCAAGCUACGCGAACCGCUGCUAGUUGACGGCAAGCUGAACAGCAGCGCAGCUCUUCGCAAUCCCAGAUUGGAUAAAAACCGGCAUGUCCUCAUCCCCUGGGGUACGACUGCCAUGGAACUCCUCUUGAAUGUGCCCAACCCACUUGUGGAGCGGGGAGCUGUCAUCCGCUCAGUCAACAGAAUCGAUGUCACCUACGUUUUGCAGGGCUUUCUAGACGCUCUCGCAGCCGGUCAAACCUAUGAGCAAGCCCUUUUUGCCAUGGCGAUUCGCGCAGAUGAGAUCAACAUUGGAGCUAUUACCAUCGACCAGAUCAAGCUUGCGCUUGACAACCCAGCCGAGACCGACGAGGAACGGGCCACCAAUGAGGCUUGCUGUGGACAUUGCGACAAGUUUGGUUUGCGCUCAGAGAUGUUGCGCGGGUUGGACGGGCGCGAGUUCCAUCCUGCAUGCGCUAACAGACGUGGAGAGCACACCGACACUCGUACCCGCGGGGUUGAGCACGAUGUCAUGAGAGGUCUGAGAGUGAUAUGCAAGGCAGAGAAGAGCCUCGAUGCGACAGUACUGUUGGCGAAGCUCGCACCGGCUUUGAAGGGCGUGAGAUCUUUCGAAGAUGCUUACGAUGGACUGGUGGAAGACGCACUGAUCGUAGGUCAAGUCGACAAGUCAGCGAACAGCAGCGGUGUCCGGCGUCAAAGAUUCCACCCCGAUCGCGUGUCCGUCGAGAAGCCCUAUACAUUGUGGGUGACAACUGGAGACGAGACAUGGCUCCAUCACAGAGACAAUCUCGUCCUUACGAGAUGGCUCUUCAACGCCGCUCAUUCGACAUCGCUCCCCGCUUGGAUUCCCUGGAUACCACAGCUGCUCAACAUGCAGGACAAAGUGGAAGGCAAACCAGCUACGGUUGGCUACGACGUAGCCAUCCGGGAGAAGAUGCUUGACUUCGAGACGUUCUCUGAGAAUGCAUACAUGAUCGAUAUCAAGCUUCCCUUUCAUGGUUCAGCUCGACUGAGCAUGGGCAUCAAGAUGGCGCAAUUCAUGCGUCUAAAGAAGGAACUGUCAUCGGGCGUGUGGGAUGGUGUUGUUGCUCCGUCGUCCAAGGGCCCCUCUCUGGAAGACACGUGGUACGAAGAAUCGAAGAACCUCAACUUCAUGGAGAAGUCUGGAAAGUUCAAUCCCGCCGGCCUGAAGUUACCUCGCAAUUCCGAAGACGACUCGCCCUGGUUCUGGCGUACCGAUCUUCGCGUGCUGGAUGCAGACUGGGCAUGGAUCGAGCGCGAAUUCAAAGCAUACUAUGCUAUGCUUCGCGAUGACUGCAAUCGUCAUCACGACUCCUCUAAGGAGAGUCCGACCACGUUGUUCAUCCUCUACGCAGUGUGGUGGUUCAAGACCGGUGGAAAAUGCCACAUGCUCGGUUUUCGCCUGGUGCCUUUCCUUCGAUGGCUUACCAAGGACUCUGUCGGCCGUGGUAUGUACUACAUGGAUAAGAACGGCAAAUACCUUUUCGACAAGCCCAUCAUUGCCGGGGCGCCAAUGGUUACUGGCUGCCUGAAGCUGCUCCCAGAGAACAUGGAGCUGGAUUUCGACUUCACCAUCUCUACACUGUUGAAGAUUCAGCCGUCGACUGAGUGGUAUGAGGCCAUCAAGACGAGACCCGGCUACAACACCCGCGACCUCAAGAAGCCAACUCUGUGGAAGACAGAAGGCGCCGUUGAUGUCGAGCAGGUUGAAGAUGACGAGGAGGCGUUCUACCAGCAGGACAUCGACGCCCGACAGCACGUCACCGGCUUCGACAAGUUCUCGGAGGAGCAGCAGGAGGAGGAGCAGCAGCAGGAGCAGGGGCAGGGGCAGCAAAUCAAACGUGUGACGCCAGCAGAGACAGAGCACUACAGCUUCGAGGUUGUCAAGACCGACUACGUCGGCCUGCCAAACGACCCAAAGCACAUUGCGCUGGAGGUGGACGAAGGCCAUCCGCUGUACGGCUACGUGGUCCAGAGGACAGAUGCCAAAGGUCGGUGUCUUGUCGCCACCCCACGUCGCGGCGGCGAGUUCAAGCCUCGUGGGCUAUCGGCUCUCAACAUGAUACCGUGGGUGGCAAGCUUUGCAGAAGACGGCAUCAUCAGAGACAGGAACGGCGAGCAGAUCUUCGACCUCUCGGAACGCUCAGAAGGCGGGAGUGAUAAUGUCGAUCUGACUAAGUUGAUGAGCGAGCGGAUGGCGAACCUUGUUGACGAGCACAGGAAUGCGCUUGUGUACAAUGGGCGUGUCGCAACAUUGGUGGGUCGGCUGCAGGGGUGUGUUGACAACGGCGACCAAGCCGGUUGGGCGAUGGCGGACAGCGAGCUUACGGAGGAGCUGCAGCAGCAGGAGUAG